AUGAAAAAUUACAGCAAAAUCAUCCAGAUCUGUCCACGAAUCUCGCAUAUUCAACCUCGACUCAGCACACCACGAUCAUAUGCAUCCUCUCCACCGCGCAACUUCCAACCUGAUGUCCUCCCGCGCCUUGUCAUAGACCUUGAUGCCGUCAAUAGUAAACAUGUCCGGAAGGCAGAGGAUCCCCCGGUAGAGGAUCAGCUUCCAUGGCCACACUUGGCCAGAAAUUUUGGAAGGGCCCCACGUAGUAGCAAAAUAGCAAUCCAACAUCUCAGAGUCAAUUCUGCAGACUUAUGGGCGUAUGCGCUUCUCGGACUCCAACACUCCCCGACACACGAAGGUACCCGACUUAAGCUUAUUGCUCAAAGCAAAAGAUUUGACCAGAUGGACAGCAUAGAGACGAUCAUGGCUAUCCUGAUCCAUGGAUUCUCGACAGAUGCGACCAAGAGUCUCCAAGCGGCUGGAUUUCGUUCCGAAUCACACGACAGGAUAUCGAAGUCUUUAAGACUGGCCCGGCGCUGGUGUGAGCUUCGAUCAAUAAUCUCGAUGCUUUCUACUACAACCGAGGGCUGUCAGUUUCUUGCCACCCAUGGCCUAGACGUUUCUGACGGUAUCCGGAGUUGUCGAAAAGCUCAGGCUGCGCCAGCAAGAUACCGAUUCAAGCAAGUCACCCCAAAAAUGAUACUGCAUCUCCUCAACAACUUCCGCAUCAGUGCCGAGUCGAAAAGCGUAGGAAUCGGUGCUCCAUUGUGCAACACUGGGUUGUACUAUGCGGCGAAGAAAGCCAACCUUCCGGCUAUUCGGAUGUAUCUGCAAACAGCACGCGACCACAAAUACGCACCAGACUCGAUGGCUCGAAGUGGUCUCAAUUUUCUUUUCAAAGCUUUGUAUCGUGACCGUCCGCAGUUGCAGGGUGGGACUCAGGAGAAGGAGGUACUUGAGCUCAUUACAGGUUGGAAAGGCGGCAUCGAACCACGAGCGGGAGAGCCCAGGAAGACAUGUUUCGCAUACUUGGCGUUUGGGAAUGUGCCAUCAGAUUUUCCAGAAUCUAUUUACCCAGUGUACAUCAUGGGACUUGGUGAGCUGGGUCUGUCAGAAGCACUGUAUGCUGAGUGGAUGUCCCCCGACCCAAAUAGGAUGGACACCAUGCUUCGCGGAGAUGGGCACCUGAGGUUUCGCUCACAUAUGUUCGCCAUUGCGUUCAUCUUGGCGGACGAUACUCAGCGCGCACUGGAGGUUCUCGAGUCCGUCCCAGUUCACCACCAGGACGCCUCACCCCCAGAUCUCCACACACUCGAAUGGUUGCCGAAGUGGAUGCCAACCUCACGUAAAAACGAUAUACCUACACCGAAUCACGGCUUGAUUUGGAUACGCGAGAUGAUCCUCGACCGCUAUUGUUUUCACUGUGCUCCGCCUAGCGAGCAAGUGCGUAUUGGGCUGACGAGUUUCCUAUCGAAUAUGCCUCACAAGCCUCAACAGGCAUUGGAGGCUCUACAGAAAACCCUUCCUAAAGAGAUCAAAGCGCAUAAGAACAGGGCAAAACUACCGAUCCUUGGUUGGUCUACCCAAGAGGAGAGAGUCACGAUUGUAGGUUACAAGGAUAAGUAUGUAACAUCUCUGAUUCGCUGA